AUGGCCACUCAAACGGAGUCUGUAGUGGAAGUACCCAUAACUAAAUCCACAAAGCCCCUGGAAAAGUAUAUCCAUCCGCCUGAGUCAAAGCAAGACCGCUUCUUCUACGUAACCAAUUUCGGCCUCACCCAAGAACAAAUCGACCGGCAGUUCGCCAUUGCGAAAGAAUUCUUCUCACUCCCAGAGAAAGAACGUCUUAGUUUCCGCGCCCCCUUAGAAGAGGGUAUCUACAAUGGCUACCGACCUCUGGGUUCGAUUGAGAUCCUGCCCGGACUUCGCGACAAUAUCGAAUUUUACAAUAUCAUGAAAUUCCUCCCCCAGUACGAUCGGACCCAUCCAGACGUAGUGAGACGCUACUGGGAAGAAAUCGAGAAGUUCCACCGCCACUGCCACGAGCAUAUUGCUUAUAAACUCUUCCGGCUGCUUGCAAUCAUCCUGGAACUCCCAGAAGACCAGCUUGUGGACGGACAUCGCUAUGAGGCAGAAUGCGACAGCGGUCUCCGCUACAUGUGUUACCGGGCCCGCACACCCGAAGAGAACGAGAAAUACAAACAUCUCUACUCCCGGGGACAUACCGACAACGGCACCAUCACCUUCGUGUUCCAGCAGCCCGUCGCCGCCCUCCAGGUCAAGAAAUACGAUGACUCGGAAUGGGAAUACCUCCCCAUCCGUCCCGGCACGCUGUCGGUGAAUGUCGCCGAUAUCAUGACCAUGUUGUCGAACGGGUGGUUGAAGAGCGGCGUGCACCGCGUCAUCGUGCCCCCUGAGGAUCAGCAACACUACGAUAGGCUGGGACUCUUGUACUUUGUACGGCCGAGCGAUCGCUUGAAGUUGAAGAGUGUGGAUAGCCCGUUGCUUCGGAGAGAGGGGUAUCAUAAAGAUACCACCGACAUCGAUAUCCCGGCGCCCGAGUGGACCCGGACGAGGAUCAAGAAAAACUGGACUAGGUCCCCGACGGAUUUGGGUGAGAAUGUUACUAUGGGGGGAUUCAAGGCAAAGGUUUUUUACGAAUGA